AUGUCCCCUGGGCUUAAUUUCUCUCUAUCAACCAACUUUAGUUUUGAUAUGAAUUCACUCUUUCGUUUAACACCUCGUCUCAGUUUGCAACCCCAAGUACGUGCUUAUUCUACAACAGCACCUAAACUGACUGCCACACGCGGAGGAAUUAUUGGGUUUCUUUUAGGCGUUACAGCUGCAGGCUCUGCUGGUUAUUAUUAUCUUUUGGGUGAAUACAAUAAUGCAUCCGAAGCUUUAAUGAUUUCUGUCAAGGAACUUCAAGCUUCCACAGACAAAGUCAAAGAUUAUGCACGCAGAAUCGAAGCUGUAGAUAGAGAUGUUGCCAAAUUAAAAGAAACAACCGCUACUAAGCAACAAUUGGCUGAUUUGAAGGUGGAUUUCCGUAAACUCUAUGAUACACUCAACAUUGAACACCUUGAAUUGAAGACACAUGUGUGGGGAUUAGAAAAAGACUUGUUCAAUCUUCCCGUAGUCGCAAAAGAAGAAGAAACCCCAAAGCAGGAAAAAUUGAUCUAA